AUGGAGUCGACGACAUACGUGUCGGCCCACUGGCUCUCCGCAUUCGUCCUCUUAUGCUCUUUCUUUUCCACACACACGCUCAACACUAAGAUUCAUGAACACAUGACGCCAGAUGAACUCCGAAACCUAUUCCACGUUGAACACCACUCAAUGGUGCCGGAAUACCAUCUGGUGCAGUUAACCCACCACUUAGCUAGACGGCACAUUACCGCAAACCACAACGCCAACUCUCACACGGGCCAAUCCAACAAAAUACCACAUGAAAAGAUAUCUAAAGACCAUCGAUGGAAGACUGGAAAUAGUCCACCAUCUCUGUUGAAUGACGAAAUGUUCGUCAAAGCAAGAGAACAUAUCAAAGAUGUUAAUAUUAUAGGAGAUUUAAAUAACACAGUGAGUGUAGUCUUUGAUGUGUCGAAUUCCAGUGAAACCAGUGACAGUGGUAGUGAAUUCAGUGAUACGGAGAGGUUAGUUGACGGUCAGGAGUUGGAUGUGCACAAAAUAGAUCUUGAGGCGUUUGGGAGGCAGUUGAAAUUGGUGCUAAAGAAGCAGGAGGGGUUAGUGAAGAAGGAAGGUUUAAGAAUGUGGAGGGCGCACCAGAAUGAAACGCAACCACAUGGAGUAGACUAUGAAGAACUGGAAUCGGAAAAUGAGGAGGACGUAGGCGACCUGUAUCAGGAUGAGGAAAAUGGUGCCGCGCUGCUCAUUAGAAGACAUCCAAAACAUGGUAGACUUGUUGUGGAGGGUUCCAUUGGACAUGACUUAGUGAUAAGGCCCAUCCCGGACUCAAUGACCACGGCUGCGCAGGACGACGAGAUGUUCAUGGACCCUUCCAGCAUGGGUGAUAUGGUAUCUAUAGAUACAGGACUGCCUCUUGUAAAGAGAAAAAGUGAAGAUAAAAGCACGUUACAGCGCGCUUUGAAUGGGGCACACCAUGUAAUUAUCAAAAGGGAACCCACAGAGCACGACCACUUAAGCGAUUACGCAUUCAUGGAGCCCGAUCACCUCGGCAAACGCUUUAGAAGAAAACGCUCAACAGAGGCGCACUCUAGGCAGAAGCGGGAAGCACCUUACGUCAUCUAUCCAGAAAUUCUCGUGAUCGUUGAUUACGAUGGCUACAGGUUACAUGGAGGUGACAACGUGCAGAUCAAGCGGUACUUCGUGUCAUUCUGGAAUGGCGUUGAUCUUCGGUACAAACUGCUCAAAGGGCCCAGAAUACGGAUAUCCAUUGCGGGUAUCAUUAUUUCUAGAGGUCGAGAUGCUACUCCAUAUUUAGAAAGAAAUCGGGUCGGGCGCGAUGCUAUUGACUCUGCGGCAGCGCUCACUGACAUGGGCAAGUAUCUGUUCAGAGAACGACGACUGCCUGUAUACGAUAUUGCCGUUGCCAUUACAAAACUAGACAUGUGCAGAAGACAAUAUCCGAACGAUGCGUGCAAUAGAGGGACAGCAGGGUUCGCGUACGUCGGCGGCGCUUGUGUCGUGAAUAAAAGAUUAGAAAAAGUAAACUCAGUUGCUAUCAUUGAAGACACUGGCGGUUUCUCUGGAAUCAUUGUUGCUGCUCAUGAAGUUGGACAUUUAUUAGGGGCUGUUCACGACGGUAGCCCCCCUCCAUCAUACUUAGGCGGUCCAGGCGCAGAAAAGUGUCGGUGGGAGGAUGGUUUCAUCAUGUCCGACUUAAGACACACAGAGAAGGGCUUUAGAUGGUCACCUUGCAGCGUUCAGAGCUUCCAUCAUUUUUUGAAUGGGGACACAGCGACGUGUUUAUAUAACUCUCCACAUGAAGAUGACUCGUUACCACGUGUACUGCCGGGACGACUGCUGACAUUAGAUGCACAAUGUCGAAAGGACAGAGGCACAAGCGCAUGUUUCAAAGAUGAGCGCGUUUGCGCUCAGCUAUUUUGUUUCGAUGCCGCAAGCGGUUAUUGCGUAGCUUACAGACCCGCCGCUGAAGGAUCGCCCUGUGGGGACGGACAGUACUGUAUAAACGGCCGGUGUAUAACAGAACACGAAAAUAUAAUACCGGAUUAUUCACAACACACGCCGAGCUACGUUCGCCCAGAAACGAGUCCGUUCUACGGAAACAUUACUAGUAACGAUGGAACAACACAGGCUUACGUGGCUAGCUCAACGACGCCAUAUCCAGUCAAAAAGACUACAGCAUACACAACAACAUCAACAACAACAACAACUACUACUACUACUACCACAGAGAACCCAUUCUUCGCUUUUACAAGAAAAUAUCCGUUUAAAACAAAAUCAUCUACUACGCCUAGUACUACAUCUACAAGUUCCACUACUAAGGUCACACAUCCGCCGCCAGUUAACAAAUACUCAAUCACAUCAACAAGAAGUCCUUACGAUUUCAAAGAUUUCACAACGAGACCUACCAACAACACGGAUAAAAGAGGGUUCUAUUCUAAAGAAGACUUUGAUAGCUUUUUCCGAAGGUCUACUACUAAAAGCCCAUAUCAAGACAAAGUCAUGAAGCCUCUGUUUAAGAUAGGGACAUAUUACUCACAACCAAAGGCACAGGAUAACUCUAUAAGGCCAGACGCAAAUUCUCAGCAAGUUCAAAUAGAACCAGCGAGGUUAGUUUUCUCGUAUCACAGAAACUUGACAAGCGGAGCAAAUACUCGACAGUAG